GGUUGUUCUCGCUAAGGUGGGUCGGUAGGAACCAUGGCGGCUCUGACUGAUGUGCAGCGGCUGCAGGCCCGAGUGGAGGAGCUAGAGCGCUGGGUGUACGGGCCGGGCGGGACGCGCGGCUCGCGGAAGGUGGCUGAUGGCCUGGUCAAGGUGCAGGUGGCUUUGGGGAACAUUGCCAACAAAAGGGAGAGGGUAAAGAUACUGUACAAAAAGAUUGAAGACCUGAUCAAAUACCUGGAUCCUGAGUACAUUGACCGCAUUGCCAUACCUGAUGCUUCAAAGCUGCAGUUCAUUUUAGCAGAGGAGCAGUUUAUCCUCUCUCAGGUUGCGCUCCUGGAGCAGGUGGAUGCCUUGGUACCCAUGCUGGACAGUGCUUACAUCAAAGCUGUUCCUGAGCAUGCUGCCCGCCUGCAGCGCUUGGCCCAAAUCCAUAUCCAGCAGCAGGACGAGUGUGUGGAGAUCACUGAGGAGUCCAAGGCUCUCCUGGAGGAAUACAACAAGACUACAUUGCUUCUCUCCAAGCAGUUCGUGCAGUGGGAUGAGCUACUUUGUCAGUUAGAGGCCGCCAAGCAUGUGAAGCCAGCUGAGGAGUAACAGCUACUCCCCAUCCCAGGGUGGACCAGGGCAGCCAGGCUCCAGGGCUAUGUACCAACUGCCUUUGUAACAAGGCAGAGGCGGUUUUAUAUUUAUUGGAUAUAAGGCCCACGUGUCUACUUAGGGCUCUGAGGUCCAAAGUCAGCUUACCUGAGAUUUACAAUUUGCACCCCCUUUCCCCAUCAGUGUUCUUAUUCCAGUGACAAUAAACUGUAGAGAUUACACAGCCAGGAGUGUGCUGGCUCUGUGGUCUAGAAUGGGGUUAGUGGAGAGCUGAGCUGUCAAACUGCCUAGUGGUUGGACUGGAAGCUGUACUCAUCUUGGGGCUCCCAAGACUAAGACUCUCAUUUGAUCUAUGUGAAUGGAACAUGCUUUUAUCCAUCCAUUUACCCCACAUUUACCAAAUACCCUCCAAAUGUCAGGUGGGUGAACAAAGGUAGGGCUCACCUAACCCCUGCCCUGCAGAGAAAAAUGACAGUCCCAUAGGUGAUCACCUGUUCCUUUGGGGCACAGAAGGAAGGAAUGAAGCGGGAGGCAGCCCUGUGGGUGAUACACAGGUACUUUCAGAGCCAAGGGAGCAACUUGUGUAAAGGCAGAGAGGAUCCUUGAAAUUCUUCUCUUAGGAGUCUACCUGGUGCCGCUAGCUGAGAAGAGGACCCCAAGAGGUUUGGCUAGAGGAAGUUUUAGGUUCUGGGGAGGGGAGUUGGGAAGGAGGGACGCGGACUAGAGUAAGCUGGGAGAAAGAGAUUGGCCCCGCGCUCUACCAGGUGUUUGCUGCCCCCUUGUGGUUUGCGAGUGCUCUAGUUGCAGACCCCUUUCCCAUGCUUGCGGGUCAUCCCCACCUGUGCGAUCUCAUUGGCACCUCAAAUUCAGUGUGUCCAAACUGGUCUGAAACCUGGGAGUCAUCCUAGACUCAGAAUUUCCUACUCUAUCCAGACAGUUGCAAACCCUUCACCGAACUAGUAUCUCUCAACUUAAAUCUACUCUAUUCCCUCUGCCAUUUCUCUUGGUAUUAAUUCAAAUAAAGAUUUAACGAACAUU